AUGCCUCCGAGCAAAGAAACAAAAAGGCAUGAGUGCGUCUCCGAAGAUGCGCUGCAGCAUCUGAGAACCUACAAAUACUCGAGCGUCGAUAAAUCCUUCAUCUCCCGCUACAUCCUGAAGCAUUACUGGAAUGGCUUCGUCGAACUCCUACCCUUAUGGCUGGCCCCGAACCUCGUCACAUUAUUAGGCUUUUUCUUCAUCCUGGGAAACGUCGUGCUGCUAGAGCUAUACAUCCCAGAUUUGGUCGGACCAGCCCCCUCAUGGGUAUACUACAGCUUCGCAUUUGGCAUGUGGAUGUACUCCACCAUGGACAACGUCGACGGAAAGCAAGCGCGUCGCACCGGCACAUCGAGCCCGCUGGGAGAACUUUUUGACCAUGGAAUUGACUCCCUUAACUGCACCUUGGCAAGUCUCCUGGAGACGGCAGCUGUUGGCUAUGGCUCUACUAAGAUCGGUGCCUUCACUGCGCUGAUUCCAGUCCUUCCCAUGUUCUUCUCCACUUGGGAAACAUACCACACGCACACUUUGUACCUAGGCUACUUCAACGGCCCUACAGAGGGGCUAAUUCUUGCGUGCACGUUCAUCUGCAUGUCAGGCUACUUCGGCCCGGAGAUAUGGUCAACUCCCCUCGCCAAUUACUUCCCAUCUUACAAGGCGGAGAUCGGUGAAGUUACCUUGAAAGAACUCUGGGUACCUAUCAUCUUGUUCACCUUCUUCGUCGCUCACCUUCCGGCCUGCAUCGUCAACGUUGCACGCGCGCGACGCGCCAAGAACCUGCCCCUGCUGCCCCUUCUCAAGGAAUGGACACCCCUGGUCAUCUUCGUCGUCUGCACCAUGGCCUGGCUCGGAUCACCAUAUUCGAAGCUCUUAGAAGACAACCACCUCGUCCUGUACUGCCUGACAAUGUCGCUGGUCUUUGGAAGAAUGACCACAAAGAUCAUCCUGGCACAUCUUACCCACCAGGCCUUCCCCUACUGGACCGUUAUGCUUGCGCCCAUGAUUGGAGGUGCUCUACUCGUCAACCAUCCCUACUUCACCAUUCCCGGUACCACCUUUGGCCCCAUCUCAGCCAACUUUGAGCUGUGGUACCUUCGUGCAUAUUUCGUUUUCGCCGCUGUUGUCUACGGGCGAUGGGCACACCUUGUGAUUACAAGCAUCUGCGACUACCUAGGCAUCAACUGCCUUACGAUACCCAAGAAGACAUCCGAGAAGAAUGGACGGGCCAGUGUUGUCGUUGACGGCAAAGGUCGCACAGACUAG